AUGGGUCUUCCUGUUACUUCCAAGACUGGUGACGAAAUCCUUGCAAACAAGGGCGAGGGCACUCAGCAUGACCAUGGCCACAAGCAUCACGAUCCCAAGACCUUCGAGAAGAAGCCUGACACCACCCCCAACCCCGCUAAGCCCGAGGAGGUUGCUACUCAGGAGUACCUCGAGCGAAUGGAGGAGGAGUACGCCAAGCGGGAGGGCGGUGCCUAA